UGUUUCUGCCCCAGAUCUUUCCUGGACAGUGAGUCUCAGCAGCACUGAUCCUGAGGCCCCCAGCCGCGGGCGGAGGGCGUGGGGGGUUGAGGCACUCACUCCUCCCUGUCUCUUCCUAAAGAAGCCACUCAGCCUCAGCGGGGCGCUCGGCGACUUCAGCUGACCGGUCGGCAGGGCCGCGGCGAGCGCGCUGGCCAUUGGAGUGCGCGGCUGCGGAGGGAGGGGACCGCGACUCGAGUAAGUUGAGAACGCGGCGCGCUCAGUCGGGGGCAGCAGCAAGAUGCCGAGCGCGCCGUGCAGACCCGGAGCUCCCCGAACGCAGCUUCGUCCAGCCUGAGCCAGGCUGCGGUUUCUGAGGCCCUCUCCAGCCACGGAAAAGCUGCACAAAAAAGCCUGGAUCUCUCUCGCUCAACCACCCCCGCUGCCAGUGAAGGCUCUCUCCGCCUCGCCCUCUAGCGUUCAUCUGGAGAAGUACCGCCCCGGGCUCCUGGGGACAGCGCGCAUCAUGGGGUCCACCAACAUCCCUCUGGUCAAGGCCCUCCGCAGCUCUGUCUCCGACUAUGUCAACUACGACAUCAUCGUCCGGCAUUAUAACUACACGGGAAAGCUGAAUAUCGGCGCGGACAAGGAAAACGGCAUUAAACUGAUCUCAGUGGUGUUCAUUCUCAUCUGCUGCUUUAUCAUCCUGGAGAACAUCUUUGUUUUGCUGACCAUUUGGAAAACCAAGAAGUUCCACCGACCCAUGUACUAUUUUAUUGGCAACCUCGCCCUCUCAGACCUGUUGGCAGGAGUGGCCUACACAGCCAACCUGCUUUUGUCUGGGGCCACCACCUACAAGCUAACCCCCGCCCAGUGGUUUCUGCGGGAAGGGAGUAUGUUUGUGGCCCUGUCUGCCUCCGUGUUCAGCCUCCUAGCCAUCGCCAUUGAGCGCUAUAUCACCAUGCUGAAGAUGAAACUCCACAAUGGGAGCAACAGGUUCCGCUCCUUCCUGCUCAUCAGUGCCUGCUGGGUUAUCUCCCUCAUCCUGGGGGGCCUGCCCAUCAUGGGCUGGAACUGCAUCAGCACGCUGCCCAGCUGCUCCACAGUGCUGCCGCUCUACCACAAGCACUAUAUCCUCUUCUGCACCACGGUCUUCACUCUGCUCCUUCUCUCCAUCGUCAUCCUGUACUGCAGGAUCUACUCCUUGGUCAGGACUCGGAGCCGCCGUCUGACUUUCCGCAAGAACAUUUCGAAGGCCAGCCGCAGCUCUGAGAAGUCGCUGGCGCUGCUCAAGACCGUGAUUAUUGUCCUGGGCGUCUUCAUCGCCUGCUGGGCGCCACUCUUCAUCCUGCUUCUGCUGGACGUGGGCUGCAAGGUGAAGACCUGCGACAUCCUCUUCAGAACGGAGUACUUCCUGGUGUUGGCUGUGCUCAACUCUGGCACCAACCCCAUCAUUUACACUUUGUCCAACAAGGAGAUGCGUCGGGCCUUCGUCCAGAUCAUGUCCUGCUGCAAGUGCCCCAGCGGAGACUCUACCGGCAAAUUCACGCGACCCAUCAUCGCAGGCAUGGAAUUCAGCCGCAGUAAGUCAGACAACUCCUCCCACCCUCAGAAGGAUGAUGGGGAUAACCCAGAGACCAUUAUGUCUUCUGGAAACGUCAACUCUUCUUCCUAAAAGUGAAAACUGCUGACCCAUGGGGAGCUUGCAUGGUUGCCCACCACCCCAGCGUUUGGGAAAAAAAACAGCAACUCUGUGCCUCCGCUGCUGCCAGGCAGGAGCUGUCUCAAGCCAGAGGGAGGGAGGGGGAGCUUAAGAACAGCCUGGUGGUGCCUGGUGUUGGUGGGUAGACUUAGUUCCUGUGAACAAUGCACUGGGAAGGGUGGAGAUCAGGUCCUCGCCUAGAAUCUAUUUCCUCCCCUCGCUGGAGCUUUGAUUUUGCACUGAGCCAAAGGUCUAGCAUUGUCAAGCUCCUGAAGCAUUCAUCUGGCCCCUCCUCAAAGACUAAUGUCCCCGUGUGAAAGCAUCUCUGUCGGGAGCUUUGAGGAGAUGUUUUCUUUCACUUUAGUUUCCAGCCCAAGUGAGUGUGUGCACUUCUGCUUCGCUAGGUAUGCUCUGCAUAUCCUACCCUCCCUUCCCCUUCACACCCCUCCUCAGAAUUCCUUUACUUUAUAUUUUAACUACCUGGCAUUCAGAGUUGGGAGUGUGGCAUGGUCCAUUUCUUGAUGAUGUGUAGCAGGUAGGCUGUGUCCAGCAGGUAGACUGUGGUGGAGAUGGUUUGGAGAUGUAAAGCAAUUUCACUUGCUGAAGCCAAAGUUUCCACAGAAGCUGGAUGAGUGUUUUUGAUUUUAGUUGCAGUCACUUUAAAAAAAAAAUCUUUGCAAUGAAAUGUAUUACAGUAUCAUAUCCAUCAUGGCUGAAAUCUGCAUAAGGAAGUUCAAUGUAUUUAAAUGACAUCAGUCAGGAUCCUUAGUGUCAUAGGAGAAACAAACAAGCAAAACAAGGUGAAAACUGACUGGGGGGGUGACUUUGUAAACCAAGAAAGAUUUCUUAACGAAUUUGUCUAACAAAUACAGCAUCUGUCUUUGGCACUUUUGUUGAUGUUUCUUUCAGAGUGUUGUGUGAAUCAUUUCAACCAACAGGAUGGCUGUAUUUUGUUGUGUUAAAAGUACUUUUUAAAUAAUUUUUGAAUGUAUUUGUUUCAACAUUUUAUUGGAUUUUCCUAACCUGUGUUAACACCAUUGAAUGGGUAUUUCUUCAGAAAAUACCAUCCUCUUGUGCCCUUAAAGCAUUACUUUAACUGAUAGGGAACAUAAGAAGUUUUUCAGUACAUUAAAUAGUUAAUUGAAGAUGUGUAUAAAUGUCACAAAGAAUAAAAAUAUAUUGGUGUCUGUUUAGUGUGGUUUCCAGUGCAAUUAAACUGAGAAAUGUCUUUUUUUAAAAAAAAUAGUAUUUAAUAGGUUUCUGACAAUGUGGAUCAUUUUGCACAUAGCUUUAUCAACUUUUAAACAUUAAUAAACUGAUUUUUUUAA